AUGUUCCAAAAUAAACUUUCUGGUCCAAUUCCUCAGCAAAUCGGAAACCUGAAGUCUCUGAACAAGCUAAGCCUUUGGGGAAACUAUCUUUCUGGUCCAAUUCCAACAACACUAUGUGGUCUGACAAAUCUCACCCUUCUUCCUCUCUAUGAAAAUAAACCCUCUGGCCCAAUUCCUAAUGAGGUGGGAAACUUGAAGUUUAUUUCUGAUCUGGAGUUGAGUGAAAAUCAACUUAGUGGUCCUAUCUCAGCUUCCUUGGGCAACAAAAUAACGGGUACAAUUCCACCUGAAAUUGGAAAUGCAGCUCAGAUAAAAGGACUUGAUCUUUCUUCGAAUAAAAUAGCUGGGAGCAUCCCUAAGGAGUUGGGGGAAUUAACUUCUUUGGUUAAGAUACCAUCACAAUUGAGUAGUUUAGAGAGCUUGGAGACGCUGAAUCUAUCCCACAAUAACCUGUCUGGUUCUAUUCGAGAUAGUUUUCAAGAUAUGCAAGAUAAAUUUUCUUCGGGUUUUGCAUUUGUGAGGUUUAAAUACGAGGAUGAGGAGCGAAAGGCCGCGGAAAGGCUUGAUGGAAGUGUUGUGGAUGGAAGAGAGAUUAUGGUUCAGUUUGCAAAAUACGGCCCUAAUGACGAGCGAAUGUGA